AUGGAUGAGGUAGAGGAAGACAAGGCGUGGUAUGUUGUUGUUAAACAUGAUGAGUUCUUGACGUUUACUUAUUACAAUUGUGAAAGUAAGAUAUUUAAGCAACUAAGCGUGGUGCCGCUGACACCGACAGCCGCGGCGUGGGCGCGCGGCUCCCGAACACCGCCCCGGCUAUACCGCCCGCCGCCUGCUCCGUUCCUCAUUCUAAUGCUGCUUCUGAUUUUUUUUCUUAUUUUA